AUGCUGAUGAGUAAUCAAGUCUUGGGCAAAAUUCUUGAAUCUUUAAAUGCAAAUCAAAGAAAAGCCGUUACUGCUCCAUUUAAUGGGAGAUUGCAAAUCAUUGCAGGGCCUGGUACUGGUAAAACCAAAGUUUUGAUAUCUCGAGUUGCUUAUUUGUUAAUAGCAGAAAAUAUUCGACCAGAUAAUUUGAUUGUUACUACAUUUACUAAAAGAGCAGCUAAUGAAAUGAUAGAAAGAUUAACCAAAUUAGUAGAAGGCACCGAUGUAAACAUUGAUAAAUUGAUUAUUGGUACAUUCCAUAGUAUAUGUUAUCGAAUAAUUAGAAAAUAUGGGAAAUUAAUAGAUUUGGAAGAUUAUACCAUUGCUGACGAAAGAGAUAAAUCACAAAUAUUGAAAACUGUAUUGACCAAUUUAUCGGGUGAAGAAGUUGUGACAUUGAAUAGUUUCAGUGAAGUGGCAUUACAAAAACUUCGUUCUCAUAAAGCUAAUGAAAAUUAUUAUGGUCUUGAUUUAGCAGUUAUUUCGAAAAAAAUUUCUAGUUUAAAAUCAAAUGGUAUUUCUCAUGACCUGUAUUCUGUAAAUACCAAAAGAAAUCUAGCCCUUGCGUUUUUAUAUAACAAAUAUCAAGCAUCAUUGGCUGAUCUCAAAAAAUUGGAUUUUGAUGAUUGUUUACUUGAAUGUCAUAAAUUAGUCAAGAAUUUCCCGGUGUUGAAUUAUAUCAAACAUGUUUUAGUCGAUGAAUUUCAAGAUACUAAUGAAAUCCAAUUACAAUUGAUGUAUCAUUUCGCCAAGGGAAACAUUAAUGGCGAUCCAAAGUAUCAAAAUAACGUUACUAUAGUUGGAGACCCUGAUCAAGGUAUUUAUGCCUUUAGAGAUGCUCAAUCAAUUAAUUUUGAGAAAAUGUCAAAUCAUUAUAAAAGCAUGAAAUUAAGUUUACAUAAAAUAUCUUUAAAUGAAAAUUAUCGAUCAACAUCUGGUAUUUUAAACAUAUCUGAAACACUUAUGAACCAACAAAAGGGUAGAACGCCCAAAUUGUUGAAAUCCCAAUUGGAUUUUUCUAUUAAACCAGUUUAUUCUUGUUUAAAAUCAGCACAGGAAGAAGCUAAAUGGAUUGUGUAUCAAAUUUCCCAUUUGUUAUCGUUACCAAACUCAGCAGUACAGGGGAAAGACAUUGCUGUAUUAUAUCGUGCUGCAUAUCAAAGUAGAGCUUUAGAAGAUGAAUUGGUUAAGAAAGGACUUCCAUAUAAAAUGAUCCGUGGGAGGGCCUUUUGGGAUAGACAAGAAGUUAUAGCAAUAAUGGAUUAUUUGAAAGUAUGUUCUGAUGAGAAUGAACAAGCUGCCGUUAUAAGAACUUUGAAUUACCCCAAAAGAGGAUUAGGUCCAAAAACGGUAGAAAGUUUAGGGAAAAUUAUUGAGAAACAAGCAAACCAAGGCAAAUCAGUUCAUCAAUGUUUAUUGGCAAUGACCAAAAAGUCAGGGGAACCAAAGAUAAAAUUAACUAUAAAGCAGCUACAAAGUGUAGAAGAAUAUUAUUCAAUGGUGACAAAAGUCAAAAGCAAAUUAGAUGAGAUGAAAAAUUGUCCAGACGAAGACAUAAGCAACCACGCAAAAGAAUUGUUUGAUUUGAUUUAUGAAAAAUCAAAAUUGAAACAAGAAUUUGAAAAUGAUGAAGAUCUGAGUAAAAGGUUGAACGUUGAAGAAGUGGGGAAUUUAUUAGUUCAAUUUAAACCUAAAGAUGAAAUUUUGCCAGAUUAUAUUGACGGUAGUGGUGAUGUUGAAGAGGAAGAAUCUGUUGAUGAUCGUAAUUUCCUUGCUCGAUUUAUUGAAUCAGUGGGAUUGUAUGAGACAAAUGAUGAAGUUGAAAAUAAUAAAUCUGACAGCAAUGGGAAUGAUAAAGCCAAGGAAGAGAAGCUGUGUAUUUCUUUGAGUACGAUUCAUGGAUCCAAGGGGCUUGAAUGGCCUGUGGUUUUCGUACAGGGGUUAAGCGAAGGGUUGUUACCAGCUGGUUUCCUGAUGAGAAAUAGUUUUAAUGAUAAUGAUGAAAAUUUGAAUGAAGAGAGAAGAUGUUUUUAUGUGGCUGUCACUAGAACCAAAGUUUUGUUGUACAUUUCAUCCUACACUGAAAGUCAAUCGAAAGCAUUUUAUAGACAGGCAUUGGAUCAAGAGUCCCGGUUUAUUGAGCCAUUGAAAAAGAGCUUGGCUCAUUCUCAAUUGGCAUUUUCCGAGGAGAAAAACUUGCGAGCUUUGUAUGAACUAUUGAGUAAACCCUUUCCAACUGAAAAUCUCGAUUGGACUCAGUUUUAUGAAACCUACAAAAAGAGUUUCAGGCGGUUUGCCAGUGGAGAACCAAUGGUUUUUUCAGUUGGUACAGAAGAUAAACCAGCUAAAAGUAUGAAUAAUUUUGGGUUUCUGAGUGCGCAAUCUUUAAUGAAUGAUUUCCUGAAUGUACAAUCAAUUAAGAAUAGUACUCACAAUAAGAAUAACAACGUUGGUCCCAUUAUCUCAAAUUCUAAAAAUGUCAAGCGUGCUCCUCCUUAUAUUCCUGAGAGACGUCUAAAAAAACCCAAGAAGAUAAUGUAG